CGCACUUUUGCAGAAGCUAGAGUGAAUAAUGUGCUCAGUAGGGAUGAGAGUCGUGUGUUGUUUACAAGGACGUUCAGACAUGAGAAGUUCGGACCCCCAUAUACGGGGUCAAAAAGAGAACCAGAUAUGACAAUUACUCCGGCUGCUUUCUACCAGCCUACAGUUGUAUUCGAGAGCGGUUGGAGCGAGCCUCGCGAGCAAAUAUAUUCCAGCGCGGAGCUCUGGUUAAAAGGAACUGAAGGAACUUAUCAAGUGGGAGAAAGAUUUCUCUACUCGGACCUCGCGAGGGGAUGUGGAAGUUUUGGGGAUCAGAACAUAACGUUUGAAAUCGACGCGCUGAGACUCGCGGCUACACAGACCAUGAGAUUGGACGGUUGGAAGCCUGCUUGAGGAGGCAAAUGGUACUGGUUCGCUUUGAUUCGCUCUCCGUAUAAAUCCUUGUACUCCGUACUAUUUCAUUGCUUCAUCAAGGCCAUGUUCAAAUGUUCAAGGGUCUCCUACCACCA